AUGACGGUAGGGGAUAGAGUGGACUCAGACCAUCAUCCCUUGGAAAUGGUGGUAUGGGGGAGCAAGGAGGAAAACAGAGGUGGAAAGUGGAAGAAAAGAAACAGGGGAGUGUGGAAUGAGGAAGGAGUAAAGAUGUUCAAAGAAAGAAUAGGGGAAGUAGAGGAGAAAGAGGAAGAGUUAAAUAAGGAAUGGGACGAAAUGGAAACAAGAAUAGUAGAGGCAAUAAUAGGGGUGGAAAACGAGGUGAAGGGAAGCAGGAAUAAGAAGGUGGGGUGGUCGGACAAUGACUACAGAGAAGCAAAGAAGGAAACGAGAAGAAAACUGAAGGAAUGGAGGAAAGUUAGGGAAGAGGGCAGUGUAUACAGAGAAAGGAGGAAGGAGUUUAAGGAGCUGUGUAAGAGGAAGAAGGAGGAGGAGAAUCUGAGAUGGGAGAGAAAAGCGAUGGAAGCAAGGAGAGAGUCGGAGGUAUGGGAGAUAGUAAAUAGGGAGAGAAGAAAGAGGAGAGGAAUCGAGGAAGGGAUUGAAGAGGAAGAAUGGAAAAAAUACUUUAUGCAGCUGUUAGGUGGAGUAGAGGGUAGGGUAAAGAUGGGAGAGGACGAGGGGCGGGAAGGAAAGGAAAGAGAGGAGGAAGAGGAAAUAAGCAUAGAAGAAAUGAGGAGGGCAAUAAGGAAGUUAAAGGAUGGAAAAGCAAUGGGAAGGGAUGGGAUACCAGGUGAGGCGUGGAAAUAUGGGGGGAAGGAGUUGGAGACUUGGGCAUGGAGAUAUAUAAACAGAGUAUGGAAGGGGGGAGGUUGGCCGGAGAAUCGGAAAGAGGGAUUAAUCGCCCCAAUCGUAAAGAAAGGGAAAGGAAAAAAGGUGGAGGAGUACAGAGGGGUGACAAUAAUGUAG